AUGUCCCAGCCUACUAGAAGUAAGAAGAAAGAACAUGGGACCGAUGCCAAAUCGUCCCACAUGACUCGGACGCUGGUAAAUCAUAUUCUUUUUGAAAGAAUGCUCCCGAUUCUUCCAGUAGAGUCGAACCUACGUACAUAUACAGAAGUGGAGGAAUAUUCCUCAUUCGUCUCAUGCAGAUCUGUACUCAUCAACGUCACCGUUUCGCGAGAUGCAAACGCUAUGGUGGAGGGUACUUUGGAGUUGAUAGAAUCACUUCUUCAAGGGAAUGAAAUAAUUUCAGAUAGGGCCAGCGAUGAUGUUAUCGAAUCAAUACUGAUCACGCUAAGGUUAUUGAGUGAUGCGCUUGAGUAUAACUGGCAAAAUCAGGAAAGCUUGCACUAUAAUGACAUAUCGACUCACGUAGAACACGAGCAAGAACAGAAAUACAGGCCCAAACUCAACAGUAUUCUGCCUGACUAUUCAUCAACCCAUUCUGAUGGCAAUAAGCAUUUUUUCCACCAGACUAAACCUCAAGCGCUGAUACCAGAAUUGGCAUCCAAGUUACUAGAAAGUUGCUCGAAGUUGAAGUUCAAUACAAGGACUUUGCAAAUCUUACAGAAUAUGAUCAGUCACGUCCACGGUAACGUUCUGACGGCAUUAAGUUCCUCCAUUCUUCCCCGCCACCAAUCCUAUCUGACAAAGCACAACUACCCUUGUCAUUGUAAAAUGAUUGACUCCACUUUAGGCCACAUUCUCCGAUUCGUAGCAGCUUCCAAUCCAUCCGAAUAUUUCGAAUUCAUCAGGAAAAGCGUGCAAGUACCUGUAACGCAAACACAUACGCAUUCGCACUCUCAUUCACAUUCACUAUCAUCUUCCGUUUACAACAGCAUUAUACCCCACUUCGAUCUUUUUAGUUUCAUCUAUCUAACCAAGCAUAAUUUCAAAAGAUAUUUGGAGCUCAUCAGAAACUUAUCUAUGGCACUAAGGAAAUCGAUCUAUCAUUGUUUACUUUUACAUUUCAGUGCCAAGGCAAUAAUGUUUUGGAUAAUGGCCAGGCCUGCAGAAUAUUAUGAGCUUUUUAACAUAUUAAGAGAUAAUGAUGGCGAAUACUCGAAAUCUGUGAAUUUGUUGAGUCAUAACCUUUUCGAGGAGAUUCAUUCGACUUUUAAUGUAAAUAGUAUGAUAACCACCAAUCAGAACGUCUAUCAAGGCUCAUCAUCUCCUUCGACAUCCUCACCAUCCUCACCGCCUAGCUCGUUGUCGUCGGACAACAACCAAAACGUAAUAGCAAAAUCUUUGAAUCGUCAACUCUCUCACCAUCAAUCCUACAUUCAACAGCAACCUGAAAGGAAACUUCAUUCCUCGUGGACAACAAACUCUCAAUCAUCUACUUCAUUGUCGUCUUCAACUUCUUCUUCCACAACAACCGAUUUUUCUAACCAUGCACAAUCAGGAGAACAUGAUUCUUCCUUACCAGAUACUCCAACGAUGUCCAACGUCACCAUUAGUGCAUCUUCCUUAUUAUCUCAAACUCCAACACCAACAACGCAAUUGCAACAGCGAUUGAACUCUGCGGCAGCAGCAGCGGCAGCAUCACCGUCGAAUUCGACUCCAACUGGAUAUAUAGAAAAACAACAAAAUCGAUAUUCAUACGACGCACACAAAAUCGGCCAAACUGGUAAGGAUUAUGAUGAAAAUUUCUUAUCUGUCACUCGUCUGGAUAAUAUUUUGGAACUAUACACACAUUUUGAUGAUACUGAAGUGCUACCGCACACGUCUGUUCUGAAAUUUUUAACCACUUUGGCAAUGUUCGAUAUUGAUCUCUUCAAUGAAUUGAAUGCGACUUCAUUCAAGUAUAUCCCCGAUUGUACAACACACCGGCCAAGAGAGAGAACAAGUUCAUUCAAUAACGCCGCACAUGAAGCGGGUUCGGAAAAGACAUCAGGUAUAAAACACAUCACACAAGGCUUAAAGAAAUUGACUUCUUUACCCACUUCAACCAAAAAGACUGUAAAAUUCAUGAAAAUGUUAUUAAAAAAUCUAAAUGGGACUCAAGCCGUAUCUGAUGUUGCCCUUUUAGAUACUAUGAGGGCUUUAUUAUCAUUCUUAACAAUGACUUCUGCCGUCUUCCUCGUGGAUAGAAACUUACCUUCGGUACUUUUUGCCAAGAGGCUUGUCCCCAUAAUAGGGACAAAUUUAAGCGUUGGUCAAGAUUGGAAUUCGAAAGCGAAUCACAGCUUAAUGGUUUGUUUGAAAAGAAAUUCUACAUCAUUUGUUCAGUUACAACUAAUAUUCUUCUCUUCAGCCAUCCAAUUUGAUCAUGAAUUGUUGCUUGCACGUUUGAGCAUUGAUACGAUGGCCAACAAUCUAAAUAUGCAGAAGCUAUGCCUUUAUACCGAAGGAUUCAGGAUAUUCUUCGAUAUACCAAGUAAGAAAGAAUCGCGUAAAGCAAUCGCAGUUAAAAUUUCCAAAUUUUUCAAGACAUUAUUCUCAAUUAUAGCAGAUAUUCUCUUACAAGAGUUCCCGUACUUUGAUGAACAAAUUACUGAUAUAGUUGCUUCCAUUCUCGAUGGUACAAUCAUAAACGAAUAUGGUACAAAAAAACAUUUUAAAGGCAGCUCGCCAUCUUUAUGUUCGACAACCAGAUCAAGGUCCGGAUCUACAUCUCAAAAUUCAAUAACACCUGUUUCUCCCUUGGGAUUAGAAGCUGAUCCAUAUCCAAUUAACACUUUAUCUUUAGUUGGCUCAGGCACUCCAAGAAAUUCUGACAACAUCAACUCUUUAAACGCUUCCCCAAAAAAUUUGUCUUCUGAUCCGUAUCUGUCACAUCUUGUAGCCCCAAGAGCCCGCCAUGCGUUAGGCGGUCCAUCUAGUAUUAUAAGGAAUAAAAUACCGGCUACACUGACUUCGCCUCCAGAUACUGAAAAGUCGUCACCAAUACAGCGUCCGCAAACCGAUAGUAUCAGUGCUACGCCUAUGGCAAUAACAAACUCUACUCCUUUAUCAUCUGCUGCCUUGGGAAUUAGGUCGCCUUUACAGAAGAUAAGGACAAGACGUUACUCCGACGAAAGUCUAGGGAAAUUCAUGAAAUCUACAAACAAUUAUAUCCAAGAACAUUUGGUACCAAAGGAUUUGAAUGAAGCUACUCUUCAAGACGCUAGAAGAAUAAUGAUUAAUAUUUUCAGUAUUUUUAAAAGACCCAAUAGUUACUUCAUUAUCCCACAUAAUAUAAACUCCAAUUUACAGUGGGUUUCUCAAGACUUCAGGAAUAUUAUGAAACCAAUUUUCGUUGCCAUUGUAAGUUCAGAUGUAGCCUUAGAGAGAACAGCACAAUCGUUUAUGGAUACCUUAUUAUCAAAUGUUAUUAAUUAUAGCGGAUCAGAUCAGAAUAUUAGCAUCGAAGGCUAUCAUCUUCUUUGCAGUUAUACUGUGACAUUAUUUGCUAUGGGUCUUUUUGAUUUGAAGAUUAAUAAUGAAAAGCGUCAAAUUCUCUUAGAUAUAACCAUAAAAUUCAUGAAAGUUAGGUCUCAUUUGGCUGGAAUUGCGGAGGCUUCACAUCAUAUGGAAUACAUAAACGAUUCUGAAAAGCUUACUUUUCCACUGAUAAUGGGGACUGUUGGGAGAGCCUUAUUUGUUUCAUUAUACUCUAGUCAACAGAAAAUUGAAAAAACUUUAAAGAUUGCAUACACAGAGUAUCUUUCUGCUAUUAAUUUUCAUGAAAGAAACAUUGAUGAUGCCGAUAAAACCUGGGUUCAUAAUAUUGAAUUUGUGGAAGCGAUGUGCCAUGAUAACUAUACAACUUCUGGCUCAAUUGCUUUCCAAAGGAGAACCAGAAAUAAUAUUUUACGAUUUGCUACUAUUCCUAAUGCUAUAUUACUUGAUUCUAUGAGAAUGAUCUACAAAAAGUGGCAUACGUACACGCAUACGAAAAAUUUAGAUAAACAAGAACUAAAUGAUUUCAGGAAUUUCGCCGGUAUUUUAGCCUCUAUGUCUGGUAUCCUGUUCAUCAAUAAAAAGAUACUGCAAGAAAUAUAUCCUUAUCUACUCGACACCGUUUCCGAAUUAAAGAAAAAUAUCGACUCUUUUAUCUCAAAACAAUGCCAAUGGUUAAACUAUCCUGAUUUAUUAACAAGAGAAAAUUCAAGGGAUAUUUUGAGCGUAGAGCUACAUCCCCUGUCGUUCAACUUACUCUUCAAUAAUUUAAGGCUGAAAUUAGGAGAGUUGGCUUGUUCAGACCUAUCAAUACCAGAAAACGAAAGCUCCUAUGUUUUAUUGGAACAGAUAAUCAAGAUGCUGCGAACAAUCUUAAGUCGUGAUGAUGAUAAUUUUGUGAUGAUUCUUUUCUCUACAGAGAUCGUUGACCUUAUCGAUUUACUGACAGAAGAAAUAAAAAAAAUUCCAGCUUAUUGUCCAAAGUAUCUCAAGGCAAUUAUUCAAAUGACUAAAAUGUUUAGUGCUCUGCAGCACUCAGAAGUUAAUUUGGCUGUCAAGAACCAUUUUCAUGUUAAAAAUAAAUGGUUGAGACAAGUAACCGAUUGGUUUCAAGUGAGUAUUGCGAGGGAUUAUGAUUUCGAAAACUUGUCAAAACCGCUUAAAGAAAUGGAUUUAGUGAAAAGGGAUAUGGAUAUUCUAUAUAUAGACACUGCGAUCGAGGCAUCAACGGCCAUUGCAUACUUGACCAGGCAUACUUUUUUGGAGAUUCCACCAGCUGCGUCAGAUCCCGAACUGUCUCGCUCCAGGUCAGUAAUAUUUGGAUAUUAUUUCAAUAUCUUAAUGAAGGGCCUUGAGAAAAGUAGUGAUCGUGACAAGUUCCCGGUAUUUUUGAGACACAAAAUGAGCGUUCUUAAUGACAAUGUCAUACUUUCGUUGACAAAUCUUUCCAAUACCAAUGUGGAUGCGAGCUUGCAAUUUACCUUACCAAUGGGCUACUCUGGAAAUAGAAAUAUCAGGAACGCAUUUUUAGAAGUGUUCAUCAAUAUUGUUACGAACUAUCGCACCUACACAGCUAAAACUGAUCUCGGAAAAUUGGAGGCGGCAGACAAGUUUUUACAAUUUACGAUAGAUCAUCCCCAGUUAUCAUCGUAUGGAGCAGCAGUUUGUCCUGCUAGUGACAUUGAUGCCUAUGCUGCAGGCUUAAUAAAUGCAUUUGAAACAAGAAAUGCCACUCAUAUUGUAGUGUCACAAUUGAUCAAAAAUGAAAUUGAAAAAUCUUCUAGACCUACUGACAUCCUCAGAAGAAAUAGCUGUGCUACGAGAUCAUUAUCUAUGCUAGCUAGAUCCAAAGGAAAUGAUUAUUUGAUCCGUACUUUGCAACCACUGCUCAAAGAGAUUAUUGAGAGAAAGGAUUUUUUUGAGAUUGAAAAGUUAAAACCAGAGGAUUCAAAUGCUGAACGCCAGAUAGAACUUUUCGUCAAAUAUAUGGAUGAAUUAUUAGAAGCCAUAUCCAGUUCUGUCUCCUAUUUCCCACCUCCCUUAUUUUAUAUUUGCCAGAAUAUAUAUAAAGUUGCGUGUGAAAAAUUUCCGGACCAUGCUCUUAUCGCCGCUGGAUCUUUCGUAUUUCUACGGUUUUUUUGUCCUGCCUUAGUAAGCCCCGAUUCUGAAAAUAUCAUAGACAUUUCUCAUCUGAGUGAGAAACGUACAUUUAUCAGCUUGGCUAAGGUUAUCCAGAAUAUUGCCAAUGGAUCAGAGAAUUUUUCGAGGUGGCCAGCUUUGUGCACUCAAAAGGUUUUCCUCAAGGAAUGCAGUGACAGAAUUUUUAGGUUCCUUGCUGAACUUUGUAGAAAAGACCGGACCAUAGACAUCCAAGUUAGAACAGAUCCUACUCCAAUAAACUUUGAUUAUCAAUUUCUUCAUUCUUUUGCCUACCUUUACGGACUUGAAGUAAGAAGGAAUAUACUAAAUGAUGCAAAUCAUGGCGACGGUGACAUUGACGGUAACGACUUUUAUACGACUACAUUUUUACUUAUUGACGAUGUCCUUGGCCAAUUAGGUAAACCUAAAAUGAAAUUCUCCAACGAAAUACCAGUUUACAUCAGAGAGCAUAUGGAUGACUACCCUGAACUUUAUGAGUUCAUGAAUAGACACGCAUUCAGAAAUAUUGAGACCUCAACAGCAUACAGCCCAAACGUCCAUGAGUCUACUUCAAGCGAAGGUAUCCCAAUAAUUACGUUAACAAUGUCAAAUUUCUCAGACAAACACAUAGACAUUGAUACAGUUGUUUAUAAGUUUUUACAAAUAUAUGCUCGAAUCUGGACCACUAAACAUUGCUUGAUUAUCGAUUGUACGGAAUUCGAUGAAGAUGGACUUGAUAUGAGAAAAUUCAUUUCUUUGGUUAUGGGACUAUUACCAGAAGUUGCACCGAAAAACUGUAUGGGCUGUUACUACUUUAAUGUAAACGAAACAUUUAUGGAUAUUUACGGAAAAUGUCUAGACAAAGACAACCUAUUCGUUUCUUCCAAGAUUCCUCAUUACUUCAUUAAUAGUAAUUCUGAUGAAGAACUUAUGAAAUCAGUAGGUAUAACGGGGCAAGGUUUAAAAGUUCUGCAAGACAUUCGUGUUUCUUUGCACGAUAUCACCCUGUAUGACGAGAAAAGAAAUAGAUUUACACCAGUUUCACUGAAAAUAGGUGACAUUUAUUUCCAGGUCUUGCACGAAACCCCUAGGCAAUAUAAAAUCAGGGAUAUGGAUACCUUAUUUGAUGUCAAAUUUAAUGAUGUCUACGAAAUUAGCCGCAUUUUUGAAGUACAUGUUUCCUCAAUUACCGGAGUGGCUGCUGAAUUUACAGUGACCUUCAAGGACGGACAAAGGUUGAUUUUUAGUAGUCCCAAAUAUCUUGAAAUUGUGAAAAUGUUUUAUUAUGCGCAGAUUCGACUAGAAAGUGAAUACGAAAUGGACAACAAUUUAGGUACAUCGUCCUCAAAUUCGAAUACCAGGGACAAAGAACAGAAAGAAAGAACAAAAUUAUUAUGUCAUUUACUACUAGUAUCUCUUAUCGGUUUAUUUGAUGAAAGUAAAAAAAUGAAAAACAGUUCAUAUAAUCUAAUAGCUGCUACUGAGGCAUCUUUCGGGUUGAACUUUGGCUCACACUUUCAUCGUUCUCCCGAGGUGUACGUUCCCGAAGAUACCACAACAUUUUUAGGUGUGAUUGGAAAAUCCCUUGCGGAAUCUAAUCCAGAACUUACAGCCUAUAUGUUCAUCUAUAUUUUAGAAGCAUUGAAGAAUAAUGUAAUUCCUCAUGUUUACAUCCCUCAUACAAUCUGUGGGUUGUCUUAUUGGAUUCCUAACCUGUACCAAUAUGUGUAUUUGGCUGAUGAUGAAGAAGGUCCUGAGAAUAUAUCUCACAUUUUCCGUGUGCUCAUCAGACUUUCCGUGAGAGAGACGGACUUCAAGGCCGUGUACAUGCAAUAUAUUUGGUUGCUACUUUUAGAUGAUGGUCGGUUAACUGACAUUAUUGUUGAUGAAGUUAUUAACCAUGCGUUGGAGAGAGAUUCUGAAAACCGUGACUGGAAGAAAACAAUUUCAUUGUUAACCGUAUUACCAACUACUGAAGUUGCCAAUAACAUCAUUCAAAAAAUAAUGGCAAAAAUUAGAUCGUUUUUACCAUCGCUUAAGUUAGAAGCUAUGACUCAAAGUUGGUCCGAACUAACUAUAUUGGUUAGAAUAAGCAUCCAUGUUUUUUUUGAAACUUCUUUAUUGGUGCAAAUGUACUUACCAGAGAUCUUGUUUAUUGUAUCCUUAUUAAUUGAUGUUGGUCCAAGGGAGCUCAGAUCGUCGCUGCACCAACUACUAAUGAACGUGUGCCAUUCCCUGGCCAUAAAUUCAGCAUUACCACAAGAUCACCGAAAUAAUCUCGAUGAAAUAAGUGACAUAUUUGCACAUCAGAAAGUAAAGUUUAUGUUUGGAUUUAGCGAAGAUAAAGGACGAAUUUUACAGAUUUUCAGCGCAUCGUCGUUUGCAAGUAAGUUUAAUAUUUUGGAUUUUUUCAUUAACAAUAUAAUACUGCUGAUGGAAUAUUCUUCGACAUACGAGGCGAACGUAUGGAAGACAAGAUACAAGAAGUACGUUUUAGAAUCCGUGUUCACCAGUAAUUCUUUCCUUUCUGCGCGCUCUAUCAUGAUCGUUGGUAUAAUGGGUAAAUCUUACAUAACUGAGGGAUUAUGCAAAGCUAUGCUGAUCGAGACCAUGAAAGUUAUUGCUGAACCUAAAGUUACUGACGAACACCUUUUCUUAGCCAUAUCUCAUAUCUUUACCUAUUCCAAGAUUGUCGAAGGACUGGAUCCCAACCUUGAUUUAAUGAAACACUUAUUUUGGCUGUCAACUCUCUUCCUUGAAUCACGCCAUCCCAUAAUCUUUGAAGGAGCUCUUCUAUUUGUGUCAAACUGUGCGAGGCGCCUAUAUAUGGCCCAGUUUGAAAACGAAAAUAACACACUGUUAAUUACUACCUUAUUAAAAGAGAGGAAGUUUGCUUAUUCAUUCUUAAGCCAAAUAGAACGUAUUAAUGGUAUUGUUUGGAACCAGGAUAAUUUUACACAUAUUCUCGUUUCCAUAAUUAAUAAAGGGCUAUCCAACCCUUUUAUCAAGAGCACAGCAUUUGAUCUCUUAAAAAUGAUGUUCAGGAACUCCUAUUUUGAACAUCAAAUUGAUCCGAAAUCUGAUCAUUAUUUGUGUUACAUGUUCUUGUUGUAUUUUAUACUAAGUUCUAGUCAAUUUGGAGAACUUUUAGGUGACGUUGAUUUCGAAGGUGAAAUGGUCACAAUUGAGAACAAAAACACUAUUCCAAAGAUUUUGUCAGAAUGGUUGAGCUCUGACAAAGAAGAUGCUAACAUUACACUCUAUCAAGGUGCCCUGCUGUUCAAAUGUGCGGUUACGGAUGAACCAAGUAAGUUCAGGUUCGCCUUAAUUAUUAGACAUCUGCUUAAGGUAAGACCUAUUUGUGCAUUACGUUUUUACAGUGUUAUUCGUGACGAAAUUAGAAAAAUCUCGGCAUUUGAACAGAAUUCCGACUGUGUCCCCCUAGCCUUCGAUAUACUAAAUUUAUUGGUAACAAAUUCGGAUUCUAAUUCAUUAGACAAACUCCACGAAGAGUCAAUUGAACGUCUUACUGAAAGAGGGUUAUUAAUUGUGACUUCGGUCAAUACAUUUGCGAAGAAUUCUGACAUGAUGAUUUCAUUGGAUAUAGGACCUGAAGAUAUCUACGAACGUAAAAGAAUAAUGACAAUGAUUUUGUCGAGGAUGUCAUGCUCUGCUUAG